ACAUAGCUGCUAAGGAGCCACGUCUGAUUCCGACCGAACCACGGUUGCAGCAGCAUCAUCCGACUCAGCCUGUCUUGUAGAAGAGGAUUUUUAAAAGCGUUUUGUUUGGACCUCCGGAUUAUUAACGAGCUAGCUAAUUAACAGCGUGUCGUUUACCGUGAAGCAGCCGGGCUGAGAUGCGAACAUAGCCGUCAGAGAGCGAGUCAGGCCGCGGAGAGACACCCAGGCUGGCUUCAUGAUCAUCUUUCAGACACAAAACGGAGCGUAAAUGUUGAACACAAACCUCUUUGUCGACUCGGUUCACGUCGAUAGAGAAGAUGCGCAAGGACGUGAGGAUAUUACUGGUGGGGGAGUCCAAGGUGGGRAAAACGUCUCUCAUCAUGUCCCUGGUCAGUGAGGAGUUCCCAGUUGUGGUUCCGUAUCGAGUUGAGGAGAUCACGAUACCUGCGGAUGUCACCCCAGAAAGAGUUCCCACUCACAUUGUGGAUUAUUCAGAAGCGGAGCAGACAGAUGAGCAGUUGUUUCAGGAAAUCUCCAAGGCAAAUGUCAUUUGCAUCGUCUAUGCCGUCAACAACAAGAUGUCCAUAGAGAAAGUGACCGAUCACUGGAUCCCUCUUAUUAUCGAGAACACAGACAAGGACAGCAGGGUUCCUCUGAUCCUGGUGGGGAACAAGUCUGACCUGGUGGAGCACAGCAGCAUGGAGACCAUCCUGCCCAUUAUGAACCAGUACAGUGAGAUAGAGACUUGUGUUGAGUGUUCUGCAAAGAAUUUAAAGAACAUUUCGGAGCUGUUCUACUAUGCCCAGAAGGCAGUCCUGCACCCGACGGGACCUCUCUACUGUCCAGAGAAAAAAGACAUGAAGCCACUUUGUGUAAAAGCUCUGACCCGAAUCUUCAAAGUCUCAGACCUGGACAACGAUGGGGUCCUCAACGAUAACGAACUCAACUUUUUCCAGCGAACAUGCUUCAACAGCCCUCUGCAGCCUCACGCCUUGGAGGACGUGAAAAAYGUGGUGAGGAAGAACUUACCGGAAGGCGUGAGCGACAACGGACUCACACUGAAAGGCUUCCUGUUCCUCCACACGCUGUUCAUCCAGCGAGGUCGUCAUGAAACCACCUGGACGGUGCUGAGGAGGUUCGGAUACGACGACGACCUGGAGUUAAAUCAGGACUUCCUCUUUCCUUCGUUGAAAGUUCCUCCAGACUGCACCACUGAGCUCAAUCACAACACCUACCUCUUCCUGCAGAGCAUCUUUGACAAACAUGACAAGGACCGGGACUGUGCCUUGUCGCCCGAGGAGCUGAAGGACCUGUUUGAUGUUUUCCCCUACAUGCCCUGGGGUGCAGAUGUUAACAACACAGUUUGCACCAACGAUCAGGGCUGGAUCACAUACCAGGGCUAUCUCUCACAGUGGACGUUAACAACUUACCUSGACGUCCAGCGAUGCCUGGAGUAUUUGGGCUACCUCGGUUACUCAAUAAUUGCUGAGCAGGAGUCUCAAGCAGCAGGAAUUACAGUGACCAGAGAUAAGAAGAUUGACCUGCAGAAGAAACAGACCCAGCGCAACGUGUUCCGCUGCAACGUCUUCGGAGACAUGGGCAGCGGGAAGAGCGGCUUCCUCCAGGCCUUCCUCGGCAGAAACCUCACGCGACAGAAGACGAUUAAAGAGGAGCACAGAUCUUACUACGCUAUAAGUACAACAUAUGUUUACGGUCAGGAGAAAUACCUGCUGCUUCACGAAGUCUUCCCGGACUUUGACUACCUGACGGACGCAGAUCUGGCCUGCGACAUAGUCUGCCUGGUUUACGACGUCAGCAACCCGUAUUCCUUUGAGUACUGCGCCAACGUCUUCAAGCAAUACUUCAUGGACAGCAAGACGCCGUGUAUGAUGAUCGCCGCCAAGUCAGACCUGCCGGAGCUGAAGCAGAUGUACAGCUGCAGUCCUCUGGAGUUCUGCAGGAGGCACAGGAUGCCUCCUCCACAGUCGUUCACCUGCAACACAGCAGCAGAGCCCAGCAGGGACAUCUACACCAAACUGACCACGAUGGCCAUGUACCCCCACGCCCGGCUGCGCUGCAUGUGCACCUGUAACCGGUGCACGUUCUGCUUGUGUCAGAACUUCCUCAACUCCGAGCUGCUGCAGACCGUCAGGGCCAAACUCUACGCUGUCGUGCUCCGAAGACAUGUGACCCAAGAAGACCUGAAGAGCUCGACGUUCUGGCUGAAAGCGAGCAUCGGGGCCUCGGUGUUCGCUGUGGUGGGCAUCGCCAUGUACAGACUUCUGCUGAAAACACGGUGAACCUUCAUCAAACAGCUCCGACCCUCCUUCUUUUAGCCAAUCGGAACAUUAAACGUUCCUUUAUGCAUUCAGGAAACCAUCAUUUUCUUUAAAAGUCUCUUUUGAUUCUAUGGUUUAGUGAGCGUCUAUUCAACAAAACUAUAUCUAGGAGGGAAAAUUUGUGUUAACUUAUAGAAGUAAACCUUCUGUAUUUGUUUUAAUCCACUUGAAAAAUAUAUAUUUAAUUUUGUACUAAACUGUCUUCUGUAAUCAAGUAAAGAUAAUAUAUUUAUAUAAAUAUACAGUAUAUACAGUAUUGGGAAGCAGGUGCGAAGUCAUGAGUUUACCUAACGAUUGGUGGGAUAAACAAUAAUACUGUAUUUUUGGUGACGUUUGCGGUGUGUAAAUAGUGUAAAUAACAGGCUCUCGUAUGAAACAGAUUGCUGAUGUUUUAAUUCAACAAACAAUAACUCGGAUCCUCAUCAUGGACUGAAAAAAAAAGAAUCCUGGACCCACAUUUUUGUCACGUUUGCACAGCUGAGUUCAAAAUAUAUUACACGAGGAUUUUUCUGCUCGUGUUUUCCAAACGGGUCAGUUUAUUUCUCACGUCUGUUUAUGAGCUAAGAUCUGACGUACGUGUUGUGUCUGCAUGCUGCCAAAACUCUGACCACACUUCAGUGUUUUUCCCUUCUGUUGUAAAGAAAUAGUUGCAUUGUUCUGAUGGGUUUUUUUUGCUUAUUUGAGCGCCAAACUCUCAUCAAAGAACUUGACUAAAUUUCUGAUGGUCAAUAAAAAUGCAAUAAAAUAGCCACAAAUGUUCAUUUUCAUAAUGCAGUAAGAAGGUUUCUGUGUUUCAUCAUGCCUUUUCAAACAUUUACAAUAAAUAAUAUCUAUAAUAUGCAAUAAAAAGGAAUUUAUUCUUUUUA